AUGUACGUUUGGGAGACGCUGAGCGACUGCUUCUGGUCCAUAAUAUGGCCUCAUCGACGAAAUGGCACGAUGCAGUCACUAGAGCUGCAAAUCCGAGUUCAGCAAUCCAUGUACGAGACUCAAAAGCGCCUAAUGGAAGAAAACGGGGCCCCAACGAGGGAACAGAUACAUUUCGCGACCGCAUGGGCAGAUGCCACGCUGAAGUACGGCAAAGGCUUGAUUACGGAUCACUUCACCUGGAGGACAAUUAGGGACGCGCGCGCCGAGUACGUCAAGGACUUGGAGGACCUCAAUGAGAGCAUGCGCGCACAUCUUGUCGACGUGGGUGUCUUGGACCAGACUGUGUGGGAACCGGAUGCAAUCACGCUGGGCGACGGCUGGGAGGAGCAUGAGAACUCAACGGUGUCAAAGCAGGAGAAGAAAUGGGUAUCUGGGUAG